UGCCAUGCGUUUAAAUUGCAAAUUAACAUUAUUAGAUAGAUAGUUUUGCUGUAUUUUACAAGGUUCACAAUCAUGUACUACGAUAAUUCAUUUUGGAUUGAAUCGAAUACGUUGACCAUUUUAUCAUUCAUAAUUACAAUAUUCAUAGGUCAUUAUCUAUGUUUUAUUGUUAAAAAACCCAAAUUAAUUUGUCGUAAUGUAAAAUUUCGAAAUUUUCUUGAAAAAAAUUGUCCAAUUAUAACGGAAAAAUAUUGGCCAACAAUAUGGUGUUAUCAAUCAAUGUUGAUGAGUACUUUAUCGACUGCAUUUCGUCGUUUACGUGCACCAAACAUACAAUAUAAAAGGGAAACUAUUCCGACUCCAGAUGGAGCCGUUUUACAUCUUGAUCAUCAUAAUGAAAAUGAUGAACAAAAUGAUGAUCAAAUGAUUGCAUUGUUUAUGCCUGGACUUACUGGAUCAUCAUCAGCUGAAUAUAUCCGACCAUUAGUUGAAAUUGCAUCAACAAUUGGUUAUCAUUCAAUUGUACUUAAUGCACGUGGCACUGGUAAUAAUCGUUUGCUAACACCACGUGUUUAUUGUUGUGCAAAUGAUGAUGAUCUACGAACAUGUUUAGCUCAUUUACGAAAAAAAUAUCCAACAAAUAAACUGAUAGCCAUUGGAUUAUCAUUCGGUGGUAUAGUAUUAUCAAGAUAUUUAAGUAUGACUGGUAAUGAAUCGAAAAUCGAUUCAGCAAUGCUUGUAUCAGUUUGUUGGAAUUUUAUACCAAACAGUUAUAAUCUAGAACGUUGGUCUAAUUUACCAUUAAAUCGUUAUCUAACAAAAUGUUUAAUUGAAAUUGUUGAACAAAAUCAAACAUUGUUUGAAAAUAAACCAAACAUUGAUUUAAAACGUAUUUAUAGUUCACAAACAUUAAGAGAAUUUGAUGAUGAAUUUACAAGUAAACAAUUUGGAUUUAAAAAUGCAUACGAAUAUUAUCGUGAAAGUAGUAAUAAUGAACGUAUUCAUCAAAUUAAAAGGCCAACAUUAUGUUUGAAUGCAUUUGAUGAUAUGUUUUCGCUUGGAUCAACACUACCAUGUGAUAAAAUUGAAAAUGAAAGCACUCAUGUUGCAAUGUUAAUCACUAAACGUGGUGGUCAUAUUGGUUUUAUGGAUGGUUUAUGGCCAUUAUCAAAAACAUCACGACCAUAUUAUUUGGAAAGAUUAGCUAAACAAUAUUUACUUGCAUUCUAUCAUCAAAUGGAUAAAAGUUUUCUUUUAGAAAAUUUCUAACAAACAAAAAAACAUAGAUUGUUCAAUUGCUAAUUUGAAAAUGUUUAAGUUUUUAUUAUG